AAUUCAACUUACAGCUACGCUUUUUUUUGCAAAUUAUGUGUAAUGAGUAAUUUUACAAUUGUGAUUUGUGAAGGUCAACGUCAGCAAUGAAUGACGAUAAAAAAUAAUAAUAUUUAAAUUGUGGCUGGGUCCGGAGAAAUCGCAACGUGUGAAUCGUACUGUGCUGGAACAUUAUUGUGUAUUUUAAUAUUCCGUGUCAUGACGAUUCCAAUCAAAAGUACUACUAUUAAUAGUUGCCAUAAAAACAAUUGAUACUACUGCACGCAAAUAUUUUAUCAUCAACAAUAUCGGGUGGUAUCAGUGCCGACAAAAGUUUGGUGUCACUCGAAUGUGGUGUUUAAAUCAAAUAAGGUGAACGUCGCCUUCGAGGAAUCCGACACCGCCAAGCCAAUAUAGACAAUGCUAGGUCCAUCAUGGAAGAAUAAACUGUCAUUAAAAGUUUUCUCACUUAGGCACGACAACCCCACAAUUUUCAUAUCAUCACAAUGGCAACGAGACAAAACAAAACCAAGUAUCAUAUAUCUGAUAUACAAAACGGCAAUAACUUUAUAUUUAUGUAUAACAUGGGCGCUGAGUGUAUCGGAUUUCAAGAAAUCGAAUCUGACGGCCGCAUUUAGAGCGAAAUAUUUAGUUUAUUUGACGAACUGGGGCUACACCAUGUGCACAAUACAAGCCCUCACCUGUCUGCUAAUGUUGUCCGUGUCGAUGAUAUCCACGAAGCUCAAAACCCACCCCAGUCUUCAGGACAAAAUACUUAAGCUGUACAAAUUCUACAGGCUCAUUAACGUCAUUGCCACUCCCGUUGCUUUUGGGAUAACCAUUAUGUACUGGUCUGUGAUAUACGAUGCUGCAAAAAUGCCAUUCGAUGAAAUGAACUUCUUCGUCCACGGCACCAACACGAUUUGUAUGUUCAUUGAUCUGAUGGUUGUUGCCCAUCCAAUAGAAAUCAUGCAUUUUAUUUAUCCGUCAGUAUUUGGUAUCAUCUACGCCACCUUCAGCUUGAUUUACUAUUUUGCUGGGGGUACGAGCCGGGAGGGUACGACCUACAUCUACACAAUCUUGGACUGGGAUCGACCGGGCAGGACCUUGUUAAUUUGCUUGGGAGUGUUGGUGUUUCUGAUUUUCCUUCAUAUCAUCACUUGGGGCUUGCAUCUGUUGAGGAGGAUCAAGGAGAAGCCCGAGACCAUUGUUGUUAAAACCAAUGACACUGGGAAAGGGUACGUGAACGAGGGCAUGGCCAAUGAUGUUGUGUGACCGAAAUAACGAAAGAACUGCUCUACCAUUAGUUCCUGAUAUUUUUACUCUAUUUACUUUUACUUUACCUUAUCAGUUUUAUGAUUUUAAUAUUUUGUAUAUAUUUUAUAAAUAGGACGAAUAAAACAAAAUUGCAAAUC